AAGCCAUCUACCGGCGUAGUAUCAACCAUCCAACCAGUAGAGAACGAAAAGUGUAAAAUUUUCGAAGCAUCAUGGCCGAAGAGGCACUGGAAGUCCGCCAGCUUGAAAUUCUUUGCAAGAAUCUUUAUGAAUCUACUAAUGCUUCUGAAAGAGCAGAUGCUGAGAAGGCUUUGGUUGGAUUUCAGAAUUCACCAACUAGCCUCAAUAAAUGUCAGUUACUUCUUGAACGAGGAGACUCCUCCUACAGCCAAUUGCUAGCUGCAACAACACUCACAAGGCUAUGUUCCAGACCAUCACCUGUUUUGACUUUACAACAACGGUUGGAUAUAAGGAAUUACAUUUUGAGUUACUUGAUGGCCAGACCAAAGCUAGCUCCUUUCGUCACACAAGCACUCAUUACCCUCUAUGCUCGCAUUACUAAACUUGGCUGGUUUGAGUUUUCCCCUGACAAGGAAAAUGAUUAUGUGUUUCGGAAUGUCAUUGGUGAUGUUUCCCAAUUUUUACAGAGCUCUGUAGUGGAACAUGCUGGGAUUGGGGUUCAAUUGCUAUGGCAGUUGGUAUCAGAAAUGAACCAACUGAGUGAAUCUGAUGCUACACUGACAUUAACCAAGCACCGGAAAAUCGCAUCUAGUUUUCGCGAUGUUCAUUUAUAUGAAAUCUUUCAACUCAGCUGUACUCUUUUGCGAAACACAUUAGAAAAUUUCCGAAACAUGAAUUUUGAGGAUCAAGGACAACAUAAUUUGUUAAACCAAUUGCUGCGCUUGGCCCAUAAUUGCCUCACCUACGAUUUCAUUGGCACUUCCACUGACGAAUCGUCGGACGAUUUGACCACUGUUCAAAUGCCCACUCAAUGGCGGCCCGCUCUACUUGAUCCAGCAACACUUCAGCUCUUUUUUGAUUUGUACGAUGCUCUGCCUUCAUCUCUUUCACCAAUGGCUUUAUCGUGUCUCGUACAAAUGGCUGCCGUCCGUCGAUCUUUAUUUGAUAAUGCCGAAAGAGCCAAAUUCUUGAACCAUGUUGUGACGGGAGUUAAACGAAUUUUGCAGCAAAAUGCACAGAGCUUGAGCGAACCUAAUAAUUAUCAUGAAUUCUGUCGUCUGUUAGCCCGACUUAAGACUAACUAUCAACUUGGAGAAUUAGUCAUGGUUGAUCACUAUAGGGAUGUAAUUCAGCUAAUAGCAAAAUUCACGGUGGAAAGUUUACAGAUGUGGCAAUUUGCACCCAAUUCAGUACAUUAUUUGCUGUCACUUUGGCAACGAAUGGUUGCUUCAGUACCAUACGUAAAAGCAACCGAACCGCAUUACCUUGAGACCUACACGCCUGAAGUGACCUCAGCGUAUGUUCAGUCGCGACUUGAAGCAGUUGCCAUGGUUAUGAGGGAAGGUCUAGAAGAUCCACUCGAUGAUAUGGGUCUCGUGCAACAGCAGCUUGAACAAAUAAGUGUCAUUAUGCGAAUGGAUUAUGCCAAGACAUGCUCUUUGCUCAUUAGCCUCUUCGAACAAUCCGCGCAGUCAUUCCAAGAACUUGUCAGGUCCCCUAUUGCGACUACUGUGGAUUUGGCCAUACAGGAAGGUCGAUUAACGUGGCUAGUUUACAUAAUCGGUGCUGCCAUUGGCGGUCGCGUGUCCUUCACUUCGAGUGAUGAACAUGAUUCGAUGGAUGGAGAAUUAGUUUGCCGCGUUUUACAGUUGAUGAACUUGACCGAUAGUCGAUUGCAAGUUACUGGUGGAUGUGAAAAAUUGGAAUUAGCUAUGCUUUCCUUCUUUGAACAGUUCCGCAAGAUUUACGUUGGCGAUCAAGUACAGAUGACGUCAAAAGUCUAUAGAGGGCUUUCCGAUGUAUUAGGUCUUCGCGACGAGUCUAUGGUCUUGAGUGUGUUUGUGCGAAAGAUUAUUACGAAUUUGAAAUAUUGGAGUCAUCGGGAACCUAUAGUAGCCAAAACUCUCUUGCUUCUUAAUGAACUAUGCGUUGGUUACAGCAGUGUACGUAAGCUGGUUAAACUUGAAGAGAUCCAGUUCAUUUUACAAAACCACACGAGUGAACAUUUUCCAUUCCUGGGUCCAAACGUUGACGUUAGCGAAAUGAAGUGUCGAACAACAUUUUAUACAUCGAUGGGCCGCUUAUUAUUGGUGGAUUUGGGUGAAGACGAAGAUCGUUUUGAGCAGUUCAUGUUACCGUUAGCCAGUGCAUUUGAUUCCCUAGGAGCUCUAUUGACACAGGCGGACUCCCCCAUGUUUAGUCAAGUCGAGGAGGCGCAAAAAUGUGUUAUUGGAUUGGCUAGAGAUCUGCGAGGCCUGGCAUUCGCCUUUAAUACCAAGCAAUCUUACAUGAUGCUCUUUGAUUGGUUAUAUCCUGAUUAUGCGGCUGUGUAUCUCAGAGCAUUGCAGCUGUGGUACCAUCAGCCACAGGUGACAAGUCCAUUGCUGAAGCUUUUUGCCGAGUUGGUGCAAAAUCGGAGUCAACGGUUGCAAUUUGAUUCCACUUCCCCGAACGGUGUCCUACUAUUCCGUGAGGCCUCAAAAGUUCUCUGCUCAUACGGUGGUCGAAUUUUGAGUGUUGAAGUGCCCAAAGAACAAAUUUACGCUGCAAAAUUUAAAGGCAUCUCAGUGUGUUUUUCUCUGCUUAAGGCAGCUUUGUGUGGCGGAUAUGUUAACUUCGGAGUCUUCCGUCUCUAUGGCGAUACUGCCCUAGACGACGCUCUUGGCACUUUCGUCAAAAUGCUCAUGUCUAUACCACAAAGUGAUCUCUUAGCUUAUCCAAAGUUGAGUCAGACCUACUAUGUGUUGUUGGAGUGUCUUGCUCAAGAUCACAUGGUGUUUCUCAGCUCGUUAGAGCCGCAUGUUUUCCUAUACAUUCUCUCGACUGUCCAAGAAGGCCUCACUGCACUAGAUACCAUGAUCUGCACGGGCUGCUGCAAUACGCUAGAUCAUAUCGUAACCUACGUCUUUCGCCAGUUGACGGCUAAAGGCAAAAAGGCUCGAAAGGUUGUAGAACAGCAGCAGGGUGCGCAACUCAUUCGCUUGAUGGAAAUCCGACCAGAACUACUGCAACAGAUGCUGAGUUGUAUCUUGAACAUCGUUAUGUUUGAAGAAUGCCGAAAUCAGUAUUCCAUGUCCCGUCCUUUGCUUGGCCUCAUUUUGUUGAACGAAGACUAUUUUGGCCAAUUGCGUCAAUCCAUCAUUCGCAGUCAGCCAGUCGACAAGCAGAGCCUUAUGGCUCAGUGGUUCGACAACUUGAUGGACGGAAUCGAGAGGAAUGUCACCGCCAAAAACCGAGACAGAUUUACGCAAAACCUAUCACUCUUCCGGCGAGAUGUUAACGAAUCGCUGAAAGGACCAGUGAAUAACCCAUUGAUAUCCAACAACGACAUGAUGACUUAGCAAACCUCAUUCAAUCGAACUUCUUGUUCCUUCGCGGAUGACGUUCGUUUAUUAUCUUUUUCAUCAAUUAGUGAAGAGUCCACACCAAGUUAUCAUCAUGGAAUGUUUCACAGGCGUAUCAGUGUUGCAUGAAAGUAUUGAACCCACUUUCGUAUGCUCCACCUUUUUGUUGUUUUUUGCUUGCAACAAGGCUAAUUUUGUAUCACA